CAGGUCUGGUUGGUAACCGUGGUGAUGGUGAAUAAUUGAAAGGGUAAGGCCGGACAAACUACACAGCCUUUCAGGAAGAGAAAGAGAGAAAAGAACCUUUUCAAAGACAUUUAGUUGAACUUAUUUAACUGUUGUUUUGCUAAUAAGCUACACUCACAUUUGCGAACACUCUCGGUCAUGGAAGGAGACGUGAAUGAAGAUGAUGGGACUUUUACUAACAUCUCACUAGCUGAUGAUUCAGCUGACGGAGAAACGACAGUCCUGCGCUUCAGACCAGAGGAACAGUAUAGCACCAUGAACUGUGAGAUUGAUGGAGAAACGGAGAAUCAAGUCGAGCAGGAGGAGAAGAGGAGACUCAUAAACCAAGUGUUGGAGCUACAACACACACUUGAAGACCUCUCUGCGCGUGUGGACGCAGUGAAAGAGGAGAACCUCAAGCUCAAAUCGGAGAACCAGGUUCUCGGGCAGUACAUCGAGAACCUCAUGUCUGCCUCCAGCGUGUUUCAGACCACCGACACCAAGAGCAAACGGAAAUAACGUGUGGGUCACGUUUACUUUAUCCAUCAUCUUCUCUGUCCAGCAUUCAAACUACUAGCUCAUACAUAUAAGCCGCUGUUGUUUUGUAUUUAUUUUGUUGUACAAUUUACUGAUGCAUCUCAGUAUGGUAUGGGUAAUACUUGAAUGGACUGAGCUGCUGCCUUUCCUUGUCAGCUAACUGUGUUACAGGAUUUAACAGGAUGCCUGAUGCAGUUUGUGAUCAGAUAAGUACAGAGCUGGUGUAAUACAAUAUAAUUUCGCAUUUAGCAGGUACAUAAUCAAUCUCAGACCCUCUCAUUGACUUCACAACCUUAUUAAAUACUAGACAGUUGAAGUCAGGUUCUUUUAAAAAUACAAUUAUGCUGAAUUUCAGCUUUUUUUUGGCUUUCCGCUACUAACAUUUACAAUGUACAGCAAGAUUGAACACAGAUAUGUUCUCUUGAAAGUGCAUGACAUCCCAUAACUAAAAUGCAUGAUGUGAAAGGCUAAGGAUGGAUAAACCUAAAUUAGUCCUUCCUCACUUGGCAUGUCAUUUUUCUCAUUUAAACCAAAGUUAUUGGCAACUAUCUUAAUGCAAGUUGCUCAGCUGGUGCAGAAAGUAUGCAAUUUCUGUAAUUUCCUGACUCACUGGUUUAAACAACGUACCUCCUCAUAUGUUACAUUAUUUGAGUAACCAAAUGACAUUUACUCGCUUUCAUACUUGGAUUUAUCUUAAAAGGUCUGACUAGUGCACUAACCCGACAUCUUUUGAUCAGGAUCAAUUGAUAGAAACUGGCUCGCAGUGUAAACUGCAGCAUUGUGUUGGAGAGUUUGCUCUUCGUGGUCAUGUCCUUUGGAUUGAGGGACUUAAAAUGGAUGAAAUGAAUGGAUUUUAGCUUUUACUGCUUUCAAAGACUGAAGUGAGGUUGAGUCUGCUGAGUGAUAUUGAUCUGAUUGCUCCAAAGUGUCUUCUUGAGCGGCAUUUCUGUAAGGACAGAUGCUCUGCUCUUUGCUCAGAGUUUGCUGAUGUGAAAUUUCACUUACUAUGAAUUAAUGACAUGACACUUAAGCAUCUGUCACAACACUACACACUCAAUCUAAUUUUAUUUUUGUUAAAAACUUUAUUUGUGUAAUUUAUGUUUGCAAGCACCCAUUGUAAAGUACUGCCUGUUCUGAAAGUGUACAUUUUAUUUUGUUACAAUUAUGCCUUUAAUAAAAUACUUUGCCUUUGCAAAAACGAGUGUUCCUGGUGAAGUCAUGUCAAAGGUGCACAAAUUUAUAGUAAAUAUUUAUUUCCAAGAGCAAUGAACAGUUUGCAAACAUGUAAACAAAAGGCUGUCUUUGUAAGGCUUAACACAACCAAAAAAAAAGCAGAAAAACAAAAGUAUUGAUCACUUGGAAAACAACCUGUCUGCUUUCAAAGCUCAAUAGUUUCAUACAUGGUGGUCAGUCUGUUUUCAGUGUGCUUGUGUCUGGGUCUGCUGUAAGAGAGUGUCAGUGAUGACGCUGAGCCGAGA